AAUAAAGUCCAGUGGGAACAACAGACUGCAUGACAGUCCUGGAGCUCAAGAGGACCGCUCCUGACCAUUCUCCAAUCCUCGCCCAGCUUUGGUGUACCUUCCCUGGGGACUGAUCUGGAUCCACACCACAGUCAUGGAUCUUUUCCACAGCUGGGGGGUGGAGGUGGCCGUCCAUCUGCAGACCCAGUAUGGGCAUUAUGAGGGCUGGUUUAGUCUAGCCUCUACAGUGGCUGACCUGCAUACCACCUUCUUUUGUUUCUUCCCAGUCUGGUUCUAUCUGCGCAGGGACGUGGGUGUAAAGCUCAUCUGGGUGGCUGUCAUCGGGGACUGGCUCAACCUGGUCAUGAAGUGGGUUCUAUUUGGAGAGAGACCCUAUUGGUGGGUCCAUGAUACCCGUUUCUAUGGGACAGAUCCAGCCCCUGCCUUAAAACAAUUCCCCAUCACCUGUGAAACUGGACCAGGAAGCCCUUCGGGUCAUGCCAUGGGCUCGUCUGCGGUGUGGUACGUGAUGAUAACAGCUGUCUUCUCAGUGGCGGCAGAAAGACGGUUCCCCCCUCUCCUGUACAGGUUCUUGCAGGUGGGGCUCUGGAUGCUGCUGUGUACAGUAGAGCUGCUGGUGUGCAUGUCCAGAGUCUACAUGGCUGCCCACUUCCCGCACCAGGUCAUCAGUGGGGUCAUCACAGGUAUCAUGGUGGCUGAGACCUUCUCCAGAGUGCAGUGGAUCUAUGGAGCCAGUCUGAAGAAGUACUUCUACACCACCCUCUUUCUGCUCUCCUUUGCUGUGGGCUUCUAUGAGCUGCUGAAAGCUAUAGGCGUGGACCUGCUGUGGUCCCUGGAGAAAGCCCAGAAGUGGUGUGUGAGAGCCGAGUGGGUCUACAUGGACUCCACCCCCUUCGCCAGCCUCCUGCGCAAUAUGGGCACCCUGUUUGGCCUGGGCCUGGGCCUACACUCACCCCUCUACACCGAGAACAAGAACAGCAGCAUCCCCUUCAGGGUGCAGAGACCAGGCAAUGUUCUAUGUGUUGUCAUUUAGUAAGAGUGCUGCUGCUCUCUUCAUUCCCACAGCUCUGGUUCCCGGAGGACUCUCCUGGAUCUUCCCAGGUAGUGGGGCGGCUAAGAUGAAAUUUUCAUAACAACCGUUCACUUUAUGAUAAAAGCCCCACAUUUUGCAGAGGUAGAUUUAUGUACCCUGAAAUAAUUUACAUAUCAGGCCAUGGCAGCCAUCUUACAAAAUGGCCACUGAAAGUAACACAACAUUUUACAAUUCAGAAGUAGUGUUUUGAUAUAACUGCACCAAAUGUGUUACAGAGGUAGAUGUAUGUACCCCGAAAAUAUUUACAGUAUAUAUGGAGUCCCCACAGAUUUGGCCCCUGGGGCCACAGCAGACAUUUGACAAAAUGCCAACAUAUGCCAACACAGCACCAAAUAUGCUACAUAGGAACAUUGAUGUACCCCGAAAGGAUUAAGAAAUGGAAACCCCACAGAUUUGGCCCCUGGAGGCCUCUACGGGGCCAUGUCAGUCAUUUUGCAAAAUGGCAACAUAUUGUAAAAUUGUUUUACAAUGCAGAAGGACUGUUUUGAGAUAACAGCACCACAUUUAGUACAGAGGUAGAUGUACAGUGCUUUCAGACAGUAUUCAUACACCUUGAUUUUUUCCACAUAUUGUUGUGUUGAAGCCUAAAUUGAAAAU